GAAUCAAUUUUUAUUAUUCUUUUAAUGACAGAAAAGUUAGGUCCACCCUUCCAAAUUUAUCCAAGGCAGGCCAUUAUAUUAUAUACAAGUGUCUUUUCAUGGUCUGUUUCCAGAGCCGAUAGAGGGUGACAUUUGCGAUGCAGUAGCUCGCGCACACAACAGAAAAAAAAACAGCAAGAACAGGACAAUCAUAAUAUUUUUUUCUGGCAGUCAAAGGUGCAUACCUUAGUUUAAACACGACACGUUCAGGAAUUAUUGACACAGAUCAGCGCGUCGAUGUUCUUAUAAGAUAAAAUUAACAUGGGUGUCUUGGUCCAGGAAGAUUGUGAUUGGCUAGUUUCAUGCUGAAUUCAUGAGUUCUUGUUAGUUAAAAAAUCUUGAAAAACCUCUUGUGGUAUAUUAAAUCACAAACAUCUUGUGCUGGGUUGUCAUGCUUAUUGCAUUCCUUCAUUGUUGUGCCAAAGAAAGCUAUUUUUUUAUUCCAAUACUUACCCCCCAUGACUUGAUGCUUCUCUUCUCUGAAGCUUUUGGGGGCAUUUAAUUAUUUCCUUGCUUUCCCUUUUGGCUUCAGAGGCAGGAUAACAUUUAUUUCUAAUAAUGAGUUUGCCUGUUGCUGAUUCAUUGUGGUUUGUUGUUAUCUUCGGUUGCAAGGGCUUGCAUUUCUCAAGGCUUGCUUGCCAGAGAGAGGAUACGGAAAGACGUUGAACUUUUAGCCUUGUAGGCAUUGAAAGAAAUGACUCUUUAUAGAGAGAUGUAACUGACUAAUUACUUGGGAGACAGAUCUAAUGCCCUGUGGAAGAAGCAUCAAGUACAAGUCGACCGAGCAUCUAGUUACUAGUCCUUCAAUCAUUUCUGCACCAAUUUUUCUUUCUUCUUGCAUCAUUUCAAAUUAUCCAGGACUUCUUAAGGUGGCAGAUUGCGCAACAGCAAAAACACUCCAUUCCAAAGAGGAUUAGACAUGGAGUAUGUUGAUGAAAGACAAGCCGGUGAAUCCACGUGUGGGUGUUCAACCAUGGCCAGUAAGCCUCAUUACAAGUCUUUCAAAUUCAUCGACAACUCUCGGGAGAUAAGAGGAUUGGAAGGGGAUAAGGGUACUGCUUUAGAACUACAUAGACAGAAGGGAGAGGCAGUGGCCAGAAACCAACCAGGAGUAGAUGCCUUUAUGGCUUGGGUGAAUCCUGUACAUGGAACAGAAUAUCCAACCAGCCUCAGUGAAUUGGAAGAAAGUAGAGGAAGAAGGAAGAUUUAUAUUAAAAGCAAUGUGAUGGAUUCUGACAUGCCAGAGAUGGUUGCCUUUUUUCAAGACAGCAAUUAUCAUUUUGUGAAGGACAUUUUCAUGGAUGGAGAAGUUCACUGCAAGGAUAUCUGUUCCGUUGAAAAUUGCCAAUUAGACCACAAUAGUAUCUCUUCCAUACUUAACUUUGAUGUAGAAAGUUGCAGUGCAUCAACCGUUGGAACUCAGGAUUCAGUUCCAUCCAUUUCAAAUGAGUCAAAAUAUAUGGAAGAUGAUGACUGCCAUAAUCUUUUGAUCAAUCAACAUGGUUCCAGAAUGUCGAUGAAAGAUUUUGAUGGACAAGAAUAUGUUUUGGUAGAAAAGAACGUACAUGGAUCUCAUAUGGUUAAAAAGGUUCCAAGUAAGGAAGCAAUACUGUCAAGCUCCAUUGUAUUAUACACAACUGAAGAAGUUUAUUAUGACUGCCCUACGAGUGCAGCCACUUUCAGAAAUGAGGUGGACGACACAAUAAGAAACACAGAGGCAGAUUUUGAACAGGUCGUUGAAACUGAAAGUAUGUCCAAGCCUGAAGAUGGGAUGUCAGGAACCUUAACAAGUUCAAGUCGAAGUUUGGGUGAUGAGAAUGUUCAAGGAGAGUCGAGUUUCUUUGCUGUUGAUCCCCCUCCAGGCCUGACCUACUCAGAAGGUCCUAUAUAUUGUGGAAGUGUCAGCUCGCAUUCGUUUGCUUUUCCCAUAUUGCCCUCAGAAUGGGAUGGCAGUCCUGAAAGAAUGGCAAGCACUGACCAAGUACAAUUUCGAAGGCAUCAGCGUUGGAGAAUGCGUUUUCUUUGUUGCAAAUUCUGAGUGACAUAAAUUUCACUGUUCUGUUAUUUUGCUGUUAUUGUAUAUUUCAUGAUGUGCUACCUUGAUUUACAGAAUCCAUGAUUUAAACAUUAAUUACUUGCACCAUCACGACACCAGUAAUUAUUUUUCCGUGGAGCAGAUAUAAACUGUUUUGUCAGCACACCUUUUGACAUAUUCUUCAACGUGAUUUUUCCUUGAAGGUAUUGAAUUUGCUCUUUAGUCAGAUUGGAUAAUGGUGCCAAUGCCAUGCAUGUUUCCCUGCCUCCAUUUUUAGUUCUCCCAUGGAAUGAGCUCACUGUAACGAUGUUGUUAUUCUGCUUUUCUUUGCUCAGCAUUAGUUCUUCUGGAGCUUAAAAGACCGGCAACGAUUUUGUAGCUGCGUAGAUUUUUUUUCAUUUUCCUUUGGAGGAGUAUUAAUGUAAUUUAGGAUAAAUGUCAUACUUCCCUUUAAUAUAUGAUUCAAGGUUGUCAAUUUUGUUU